GUGUUUCAGGGCUCUCGCCGGCUAUCAGUUCUCAGUUUCUGCCUAAUGUAGAUGUGUUUUCUGCUCGAUCCAUUGUGCACAACACACAUUUUUCAUCCAUUUACCGGUCGUCGUCGUCGCGAUAUCGAAACUUUUUAUGGAAUAAAUUCAAUUGAUAUAGUGCUUGAAUCGAAAUAUUACGAUCAGCUGGUGCAUUUGGAGUUUGAAAAUUAUUAUCGAUUUUUUUUUUUGGGUGGGGGAAAUAAAUUUUUUCUUCUCGGUGCAUUAUAGAAGAUUCGUUAUAAAAGUGCUGCUGCCGCUACUGCUGCUGUUUUUUUUGCGAACAAUUCAAAUUACUUAAUGUGCAAUUAAAAAUUAACGGUUAAUUUAUCGACUUUUAAUUAAAAUUUAUAGACUGCUAAUCAAUCAAACGAAUCACUAUUAAUUAGAGGAAAAACAAGUUUCCAUUCGUCUUGUGGUGUCUGAUUUUGGUUCAUUACUCUUGUGUUUAUUUUUUUCGUAAAGAAAGGAUUAAAGAAAACCACACACAAUCAAAAUGAGGAUCUUAGUCACUAUAUUGUUAGUGGCUAAUCUAUCAGUACAAAUUCUGGCUGGUGUGCCAGAUUGUAUUCAUGCAAGCGAAGGUUAUGUGUAUCCAAAGCCAGCCGUUCAGCUGACAGAGGGCAUUAGUUCAUAUUCGGUGUCACCAUCAAUUGCCACUUAUACACAAGGCAAUGCCAUUAAAUACUCAUCAUUAGAAGAAUCCGCCUACACAUCGGUCACUCCAGGCCCGAUUAUUAAGCAAGCAGUUUAUUCAGCAGCACCAUUUGUGCCAGCUGCUCCAGUUAUUACAAAAUCCUAUUUACCACCAACGCCGGUCACCAAAUCCUAUUUACCUCCGGUCGCUCCAAUUGCCACCGUUGCACCAUAUCCAGCCGUUACACCAAUCGCACCUGUGAUCACGAAAUCGUACUUGUCACCUGUAAGCCAGGUCGCAUACAAUGCUCCACUAUCGAAAGUGGCCACUUAUACACCAACCAGCAAAAUCGUUUCAAUUCCAGCUGUGAACUAUCAAUACCCAAAAUACACAACAGGAUAUCAAGCAGCUAGCGUUGGUUAUGCGCCAGCCGUGCAAAGUGUUGGGUAUUCAUAUCCAAGAAUUACACCGGGAUAUUUGCCACCCGCUAAAGUUGCUGUAAGUGCACCAGCCUACACAUUGAACACACCGGCCUAUUCGGCUGGCAUUGUGACCAAAUAUGCAGCAACACCAGCAAUAGCAACAACAGCUGGAUACAGUGGUUCAUACGAUUAUGACGCAUCUUACUCACGAGGCGCCUAUUACUCAGCCCCAGCAAAAGUUUUAGCCGCACCAGUUACGAAAUACGUUUCAACGCCAGCUGUUACUACAACAUUUGCUGCUGCCAGUCCAACCAUUGCACCGAUCGCUUAUGGUCCAACGGUUGCAGUAACUGCAGCACCAGUAGUCUCAACAUACAAAUCAGGUUAUGGAUUAUCCUCUUCAUAUUACAGUGCACCGAAAGUAGCAAUUAGUACUCCGGCAGUGAGUAAAGUGUUCGCAACACCAGCCGUUGCAUCCACAUACUCAGCAGCUCCAGCCGUUUCGACUUACUAUUCCGCGAACAAAUUGGCAUAUGCCACUACACCAACAUUGUCCACAUCAUAUGUAUCGGCACCUGUCAAGCAAGUUGCAUACUCAGCAGCUCCAGCAGUAACUCAAUACACUUCACCAUAUUCAUCCGCCUAUGGGGCAAACUAUGACACAACACAUGGCUCAUAUGGUUCAGCUUACAAUUCUGGUUACAAUUCAGGCUAUGGUUCGGCCUAUGGUGUUUCGAAGCUCGCUUAUUCGGCUCCUGCCGCAAAAAUCGUCUCCUCAUAUGCAUCCCCAGCCAUUGCAACUUACUCAAGCCCAGCAGUCACUUCGAGCUAUGUGAGUCCAGCCAUUACCUCGUCUUAUGUGGCUGCUAACAAAAUCGCGUACGCCGCACCAGCUGUAAGUCAAUAUGCCGCUUCAUACACACCAAGUGUGUCAACAUCAUACAUCUCGACUCCGAUCACCAAACAAGUCUCAUAUGCCACAAAUCCAUUGGUGAGUGGUGCCUACGUUUCAGGAUACAAGAGCGGCGCCUAUGUUGCACCCGCUGUAGCAACCACAUUAGGCAGCGCUGGAAUCAUCAAAACCGCCGGUUAUCAUGGGGCUAGUCUUGGAUACACCCCAGCUCAAACAUAUGUAUCACCCGGACUGUCAUCGGCUUCAUACUUGCAUGGCUCGAAUUUGGUGUCAACGGGCGCAAAAGUGAUUUCAAAUGUAGGAUAUACUGGUGCUGGAUAUGGUGCAGCCGGAUAUGGGGCAGCUGGAUAUGGUGCAGCUGGAUAUGGUGCAGCCGUUUACCCAGCAACGAGUGGAUAUGUUUCGGGCGGCCAAUUAGCUUCAGUAGGUGGUCUUGCUCAUCCAGCCGGAAUUGUUUCAGGGGCCUAUCCAACGGCUGGUUAUGUUUCAACAGCCGGACACUAUGGUGCCGGAAGCAAGGUGAUAACUGGCAGUGGUUCAUAUGCCACCAACGGUUUGUAUGCUGCUAACGGAUAUGCAGGCCAUGGAUACUCAGCCAAUGGAUUGUAUGCUGGUACUGGUUACUUGGGAGCAACACCCGGAUUAAGAUAUGCUCAAGGUGUUGUGCCAACAAUUUCAAAAUUGACAACAACACCAAUUGGUCUGGUCAAAUCCGUUCCAGCAAUCGGUGCCGUCAAAUCGGUCUACUCUCAACAUGAUGAAUACUAUGAUCUUCAUCCACGCUACGCAUUUGAAUAUGGCGUAAAUGAUCCACACACCGGUGAUGUCAAGCAUCAGAAGGAGGUUCGCGACGGUGACGUUGUCAAAGGACAAUAUUCGCUGGUUGAACCAGAUGGCAAUGUACGCACCGUCGACUAUUACGCCGAUUGGGAAACCGGAUUCCAUGCCACUGUGACCAAUAGUCGAGAUGGAAUUCCCAAGGUGAUAGCGAAACGUAACACAAACAAAUCAUAAGUCUUCCGAACAAUACGAAAAUGUUUUUUGUUUCGUUUCAAACGAAAGAACAAACAAACAAGAAAUCGAUACAAAAUCUUUGAAUUCAACUUGUCCUUUUCUUAAAUACACACGAAAACGAAUAAAAAAAACACACACACAAAUCGAAGAACGUAAACACGCCAAUUUGUAAAGCAGUCGUAACUUCCUCUAUUUUUUCAUAUUUUGAUUUUAUGUAAGAUCGAUCAUCGUUGAGAGAAAAAAAAGAAUAAAACAAAAACACACAGAAAUUUAAUUAGUUGUAUUUGGAAGAGAAUAUGAAGAUAUUAUAAAUUAAUCAUGUGCUUCGUUCAAAAAGCGAAUAAACGAAUCCAAAAUGUCGAAUAAAAAAACAAACGGUCAACAUAUUUAAACUUGCAUUAUUUGUUCACAAACAAACUUACAUCAUUUUUUUUGUACAUUCUUUUUUUUAUUUAUUUCCCACAUUUUUAAUAUUUUUAUAUUAAAACUACUCUGAAAAAAUG